ACGGGAGACGGGGAGCAGCCGGUGAAAUGCUGCGUCUCCAGGAGAGGUAGAGUAAACCUGAUACCAACAUGAUCACUCAAUAUCUCUGGCACCAUAGAUCGGAAGAAUUGUACAACCAAAUAUAUCCACUGCAGAAACAACCACAACCAAACUGAGCACGCUUCUUGUACUUCACUCAUCUGUAAAACACAAACGGCAAAGAGGAUCAAAGUGCACUAAAAUAGAUGCAGAUUUAAUGGUUACAAAACCAGCUGUCUGGAGGCUGAAGAUAACCCCAUGAAUAUCUACCACGGAAACAUUACAUCUAGCAAUGAUGUCUAUCCCAGUGAGGUUGAUCCAGAGAUGGAACUGGUUAAUAUGUUAGAAGAUGAGCUGCCGCAAUACAAGUUACGAGUAGACUCACUCUAUCUCUAUGACCAACAAGAAUGGAUCCAGUCACCAACACACCAAACCAAGGGCCUUGGCAGCCUGUCUCCUGUGUUGUCCGAGGAGACCUUCCGUUACAUGACUUUUGUUGAUCUACCUUCCUGUUCGUUGGAUGAGUCUUACAAAUCCAGCCAGUGUCCUCAAGUUCUUGGUUCGGAAACAGCAGACCAGAUGACCAUGGGUUUCAACGACCGAGAUAUGCUAAACCAUCGGCUAGCAGAGAGAGACAAGGACCUAGAACUGGCAGCUCACAUUGGGCAGGCUCUUUUGAAAAGGAACCACAUGUUGGUGAAGCAGAAUGAGUAUUUGGAGGAACAACUGACAAAUGCACUGGACCAUGUCAAUCAACUCCAGCACGAAUUAUCUAAAAAAGAAGACCUACUCCGUGUGGUCUCCAUUGCUUCAGAGGAGAGUGAAACUGACUCCAGUUGCUCUACCCCAUUGCGUUCCAAUGACUCAUUCACCCUGACACAUGGCCUGCUCCAGCUAGACAACCUGCAUGGGAAACUCAAGGAACUGGAGGAAGAGAAUCUUGCCCUACGCUCACAGGCGACACACCUGAAAACAGAAACUAUAACAUAUGAAGAAAAAGAGCAUCAAUUGGUGAUCGACUGCGUUAAACAAAUAAGCGAAACCAACCAUCAGAUUGAACAGCUGACUGAUGAGUUGUCCAGUAAGUCUGAAGCAAUAGUACAAUACCAGGAGCAGAUCUCUACUCUUCUAGCUGAGAUUGUUGACCUUCAGCACAAAUUAAGAGAGAGCGCUAUAGAGAAGGAGGAGCUAAGGAUACACCUGCAGGCAUCUAAGGAAGCUCAGAGGCAACUGACUGCUGAGCUGCAUGAGUUGCAAGACCGCAAUGCAGAAUGCCAAGGGAUGCUUCAAGAAUCUCGGGAAGAAUUGAAAAUGCUGAAAUGCAAAGCCAGCCCCUCUGCACUUCUCAGGCGUCCUCAGUCCUGCAGUGUGUUUCCAGUGGAUUCCCUGGCGGCUGAAAUUGAGGGCACCAUGAGGAGACAGCUUAGUUUGGAUGAAGAGUCGAACUUUGGGGAAAGAAGGGCCCAGCCAAAACGUGUAUUCGAUACCGUAAAGGUUGCAAAUGAGCUUCGCACCAGAUCUUCCACACUUCCUCUUCCUUUGCCAAUUCCAGGCUCAAACCAAUCCGGUGUAGUGAUGACCCCUUUGCCUUUCCAAUCUGUUACGAAAGUAGAGCAGAAGGAAGAUGUGACAAAGAGCCAGCAAUCUAAAAAUAGUAGAAAUUCUGGUACUCAGGAAGACCAUGCUUUGGAAACUGCCAUUCACAGACUGCACCUGCGGCGGCAGAAUUACCUGAGUGAGAAGCAGUUUUUUCGGGAUGAGCGUGAGAGGAAACUGAGGUUUCUAGAGGAUGAGUGGGACAGCAGUGGCUGCAGUACUCCAACUGGAAGUGUCCUCUCCAUGGCAACUCACUACUCGGACAUCACAGACUGCUCUGCUACCUCAAGUACCUUGCGCAGCUUGCUGCCAGAGAAGUUACAGAUUGUCAAACCUAUUGAAGGCUCUCAGACUCUCCAUCAGUGGCAACAGUUGGCUCAGCCUAAUUUGGGUACCAUCUUGGAUCCACGUCCCGGUGUUCUGACCAAAGGCUUCAAGCCCCUACCAGAGGAUGCUGAAUAUCACCUUUGUGACCUGGAGGAGGAUGAAAAAGAGGAGGAUGACGAAGAAGGGAUAACGUUUCAAGUACAGAAAAGGGAAGAAGAUGUGCCAAAUCCAUCAUUAAAUAUAUUUCUGCCACCCAUCUGUGUGUCUUCAGCCCCAAGUUCUGCCUCAAACCCUGGCAAAUGCCACUGUGGCACAUUCUCCACAUUCACUUUUACCACCUGCCGUAUCCUCCAUCCGUCAGACAUCACUCAGGUUACCCCCAGCUCCAUGUACACUCCUUCAUCUUUUGGCAUCAGCAAUACUUGUUCCACCAGCACAAUGGUUAGUUCCCCUGCUAUGUCAUGUCGACUGAGUGUAGGAGAAUCUCCCAGCAAAGGACAAGAGCCUGCAAACAACUUGAGCAGCAAAAGUAACUUGGCCAAACUCCUGCAGGAACAAGGGAUAUCUGCCAAGGGGAACAGCGACCUUGCCAUAGGGAAACCACAACUUGACAAACUAACUCUACCCUCAACCCCACCCAAUUCACCCUCCCAUUCUCCAUGUCCAUCCCCUUUGAAAUUUGAGUUGCGUGCAAAUCCAUCAGAAAGUUUCUUAGCUGUUUCCAGACCAGCUGAGAGCUUUUUGCAGGAAGUAUAUGGUUUAAAACCUACUAGGAACCAGCCUGAUCUGGGACAGUUGAAAAUGAACUUGGUAGAAAGACUGAAAAGAUUGGGCAUUGCAAGAGUGGUGAACCAAAUGAGCAACAGCGCCCAAGAAGAAAGUUCAACAUUACGUAACGGGAUGAAGCGACAAGAGUCUGCUGUGUUUGUUACCCCAAGCAGUAGUUUGUUGGGGGGGCUAAGGCGGAACCAGAGUCUUCCCGCUUUAAUUGGGGGCAUGGUACCUCAGGUAUCUACAUCUUCUCCAAAAAUGGGUAGCUUGAAGGAAGAUUGCUGAUAAGAUUGCAAUUUGCUUUUAAUUGUCCACUGUGUCGGAGUUUGGUAAAGGAAAGUUGUUGAAGGUUUGAGCAUGUAGAAAAGAAGAAGAAGAAUUGAUGGUACAGGAAGAUUUUUUUAUUUAAUUUUUCUAAAGGAUCAAGAAUUUAGGAAAAUGUUGAAUGAAGCACAAGUAGGAGAUAAGUUAAAGGGUUCUAAUAAGGUUUAUUAAAUGUGAGGAUAGAGAAAUCUUGGUAUAGAACUGUCGUAAGCAAAGUUAAAGAGUUUGAAAUGAAAAUAUAGGCGUGCACAAUGUGCUAGAACCUAUUUUAAAAAGUUGCCACUGAAAUAUCCAGUAAAAUAAACAAAAAUUAAACAGUGGAAUGUCCUAAGAGGACAGUGGAAGAUAAAUGUAAGUGGAACUUCAAAUACCUUGUAGAGUGUAAUUGAAGUAAGAUAGAUAGAUGCAUUUAGCACACUUUGGACCAAAACUAUGUUACAUGAAGUGUUAGCCGUUAAUAAAGAAAAGUAAAAUAUGGUAAACACACAUUGUUAUACCACUUUUGAAGUCUGGAUAGCUUUAAUGGUUGUGUAGUUAUUCAGUAAAAUAAAUAGUUAAUAAAAAUACAGCAAACAAAAAGAAAAUCUAUAUCCUCAUGUGAGAAUACAUUCAAAAUAUGCAUUGGAGGAAAUAGCCACUUGUUCAUGCCUCGUAAUGUGGUGUAGUUACACUAAGGUUAAAUGUUUGGGGUUCUUUUUGUGCUGGGAGGAAUGAGUAAGCUAAGACCCUCUGUUCCCUGAGGGUUAUGGGAAUAUUAAUCUUGCCAGUUGUUGGUCCCAUGAUAUACGUAUUACGUGGGCAACAUUCAUAAAGACUAUGAUAGAUGAUAGGUGGAUACGAAUACCCAAUAUAAUGUAUUGCCUCUUGAGCAAAGGUAAUUUUUAAAAAAUGGUUUAGGUAAAAAUCUUGUAUGAUGAUAAAGCACAAUGGUUUCUUAAAAUAAUUUACAGCAAGAAGUGCAUUAGAUUGCUUGUCUUGUGGCAUUCAAUUGAGAAUUGCAGGUGCCCUAGGAUAUCACUGUCUUACAGUGCAGACGAGCUGGGUUGUGAAUUUCAAUAUAGUUAAAAAAAAAUUAAAUGAGAAAUAAAGCAACCCAUUUUAAAUCUGCAUUAAAGACGUCUGUGAUGAUUAAAAAAAUCAAGUGUGGGAGAGGAUAUAUGGUCGUUCAAUGAAGCUGUUUCGGCCUUGCCUGCACUAUUCCUUGGUUUGAGUGAAGGAAUUAUUUGUAUUGCUGACAUUAUCGGGUCUCGCAGUGUUUUUGUUUUGAAUUUUAUCAGCCUAUUGAUCUGUACCCUUUGUAAUCUUGUGCAAAACAACCCUGUGCAAUAUAUCAAAUCCCUCCGCCUAUGUACAUUUCUGUAAAUAUUAACCAGAAAGUAAACUUUCUUUAGUGCCGUGUGUAGAGCUAAUGCAGAAAUAAUCUUUGUGACUGUAUUUCUCUUCUAACAAACUAUUGCUAUUGUUGGUGUGUCAACAAAGUGAAAACGGAAACCUGGGGCAAAAUGGGUUUGAACCUAGACGCAUGCAAUAUAUGUAUAUUUACUUUUUAACUGUGUUGUAUGUUCUGUUCAGUUCUGGCUGUUUUAUCUUGACAUUGACAUCCAGUGAUGAGUGAGUGGUGCAAGAAUGCCAAAGAGCAACAACUUUUACUCUCUGGUAUUAUGUAUUUCAAGUUAUAUAACUGACUUUAAAGAAAAACUAUUAAUGCCUUCCUGAUUGGCUCGUAGCUUUAUUUUUAUUUUUUUUCUCCCAUUUGAUAAUGUUAGAUAUUUGAUAAUGGUGUGAGAUACCUGAUAUCACUGCCUUAGUAGCCUGAAACCUCAGUAUUCUGGUAUAUUAAAGGUAUUUUCUUUUUGAAAUUUGACCCCUUUUUUAAAAUGUAAUUAUAUAGCUAAUGCGUUAAAAUAUUGGCAUAAAAUAGAAAUCAAUAUUUACCUUAAGAACCGGCCAUUACUGUUUAGUGAACUCGGCUGUAAUUUUUUUAGCAUGGGCUGUGCUGCAGAUCUUUCUUCUGAGAGUGAUAACAUUGAUAUAAGCAACACAGAACUAAAUGUUCUGAGCUGCUUGAUUAACAGCUCCAGUAUUUCUUUUUUGUUUAACGGCAACAAUUUUUAGAAAUUGCUGCUCCUAUAGCCAACUGCUAGUUAUCAGCAUAGGCUUGGAGUUCUCUAAUAUUGCAGGGUGACUUUUGUGUUAGACUGAGUAUUUAACUCUUUUUAGGAAAGACAACUGAGCAUCAAAUUUGAAAAAAAAUAAAAUAAAAAAUUACUACUAUAAACUGGCACUUACCACCAUGUAAAACCUCACUGUGAUACAGUAUUUAGCACUUUU